UGUUAAUAGUAAGUAACUGAUAAUCAUUUAUCGACGAAGCUUAAUUUAGAUAGUGCGGUACUAGCUCAUUACAUUGCAGUAAAAUUGCGCGGUCAUAGCAAUUACUUUGUAAAAUUAGAAAAUUAGGAAAUGUGUGUCGAAUGAAAUGGAUCUUUCACAAUUAAAACUACACUCGUUUAAAAAACGACUGAACCGAUGGGCUAGGAAAUCCUUCAAUGCUCUAUAUCCGGCUAGUAUUGAAGGAAUUUGGAUAAUUUUUAUGCUUCUGAUGUGCCUUCAUUUCGCAGCGGAAAAAGUUCCUUUCGAUUUGGUUAAUGUUGUCCUCCACAGGCUUCCUGGAUCAUCUAGGUCAUCUCUAACUUGGCAUUUAACGGCUUGUUCCAUUACCAGUUUUAUGUUAUGGCUUGUCUUGUGUGCUGUCAUGAAAGUGACUUUGAAAAUACUCCUCACAUACCGUGGAUUCAUGUUUGAAUCGAGGGGAAAAGGAGUCAGUUUGAAAACAAAGAUCUGGGGAGUUUUGUUGGGAAGUCUCAUCAAAAUGAACAAGCGAACUCUGUACAGCUUUCAAUCAUCUCUACCAACAUUACCAUUACCAAGUCUGAAUGAUACUGUUCGGCGUUACCUUCGUUCAAUACGUCCUCUCAUUCAUGACGCCGAUUAUCAACGGAUCACUAAAGAAGCUCAAGACUUCCAGACCGGAAUCGGUAAAAAGUUGCAACGCUACCUGCUGUUGAAAAGAUUAUGGGCCACAAAUUAUGUGUCUGAUUGGUGGGAGCAGUACGUCUAUCUUCGUGGUCGUUCUCCGCUGAUGGUAAACAGUAAUUAUCAUACAUUCGAUGUCUUUAAAAUACCAUCCAGGGACCAGACAGCAAGGGCAGCAGGAAUAAUUUACGAAAUGUUGAAAUUUCGGGAAAAGCUUGAUAAGGAAGAUGUGUCACCUGUCAUGGCUCAGGGACUCGUUCCAUUGUGCUCGAAUCAAUACAGACGUAUGUACAAUACGGCCAGAGUUCCUGGCAUAGAAUGUGACAAGAUUGAACACUACGAGGACAUUGACCAUAUUGUGGUCUUGUGCAACGGUUGUUAUUACAAAGUCACAGUCCAGCAACACGGUCGCUUGUUUAAUGCUUGCGAACUGAAACACCAGUUCGAUCAUGUUCUGACAAUGAACGAAAUUGCGUCGAAGGGUGAAAAAUAUCUUGGAUCUUUGACCGCAUGGGAUCGGACUAACUGGGCGAUAGCACGAGAAACGUAUUUCUCGACGGGGAUCAACAAAGCAUCGCUUCAAGUUGUGGAAAGCGCUGCCAUGUUCCUAGUACUUCAUGAUAAGCCGUUUGAAUUCGGGACGAACCUAAAGUCGGAAAAAAUGGCUUAUUAUGCCUCUCAAUGCAUGUACGGUUCCAUUUGCGAUAGGUGGUUCGACAAAAGCUUUCAACUAAUCGUGGGGACAAAUGGACGGUAUGCCUUCAAUGCGGAGCAUACUUGGGCAGAUGCACCAGUUUUGAUACACAUGAUAGAAGAGAUGCAUCUCGAUGAAUUACAGAACUACGAUGUUGAUGGAAACUUGCAUGGAAAAAUGUUAAUUGUUCCGCCAAUCCCAACACGAAUUCAAUGGAGCUUCAACGAAGAUCUGUUAAAUACUAUCGAUGAUGCGUACAACGAUUCCCUCAAACUUGCGGCUGACGUUGAUUACAAGGUAUUGUUCCACAACGCAUUCGGAAAAGGUUUCAUAAAAUCGUGUAACUUAUCCCCCGAUGCCUACAUACAGAUGGCCCUUCAGCUCGCCUACUACCGAGAUUACGGGAAAUUCUCUCUCACUUACGAAUCGUCCAUGACCCGCUUAUACCGCGAAGGUAGAACUGAAACCGUUCGCUCAUGUACAAUAGAGUCGUCCGCUUGGGUAAAAUCAAUGGAAGAUAACAAGUCAGACCUCAACGAACGGGUAAAACUGCUACGCAUUGCUUGUAAGCAACAUCAAGCCGGAUAUAUUGAUGCAAUGUGUGGCCGUGGUAUCGAUCGACACUUGUUCGCAUUGUACGUGGUUUCAAAGUAUUUGGAAAUCGAUUCCCCAUUCCUCAAGGAUGUGAUCAACGAGCCAUGGCGAUUGUCAACCAGUCAAACACCUCACGGACAAACGCCGAAAAUCGAUUUGAAAAAAUAUCCUCAACUUCUUGGACCAGGCGGUGGAUUUGGACCAGUUGCACGAGAUGGUUACGGUGUUUCGUACAUCAUCUCUAGCGAAAAUGAUAUUUACUUUCACAUCUCAAGUGUGAAAAGCUGUGAUGUUACGGACAGCGAACGUUUUGCUAAUCAAAUUCGGAAAGCGAUGAAUGAUAUCAAGUUACUGUUCGAAGAGUAUACAAAAGACUCACAGCAAAUUAUGAAGGAAACAGCAAGAACGCCAGACAGUCCAAAGUUUGCAAAUAAAAUUCGUAAAUAAGAUAAA